AUGGAUAAUAAUUUUAAGACUAAAUUACAACGGAUUAUCGCUUAUCAAGAUAUUUUAACGCGUAAUCAUCAUCUAUCCCAACGGAGUUGUGAUGCAGAAUUUCGUGCUUUCUUGGAUUUUCACAACGAUUUACGUCGAAAAUAUAUUGAUCUGAAAACACGUACACAACAGUUAGAAAUUCAAGUUGAGCAACAUCAUAUUGAUCUAUCAAGAAAGGACAAAAAAAUACAAUCACAAAGUGAAACAACUGAUUUAUCAGAUAAAAAUUGUACAGGUGAAGAGCUAGAAUAUGAAAGAAACAAUAUUCCAAAAGUUGUUAGUCAAACGAAUGUGGGUGGUGGUAUCAAACGGCCGCAACACAUGGAUGAUUAUCGUGAUGAUGCAUGUGUGAAUAAAGAACAAAAAAGAGCAAAACAUGAAGAUUCGAAUCAUAUGAUUACAUCACCACGUUCUGGUCGAAUUGUUGCGACAACAACAACAACCGUAGAUAUGAAUGAGAACAAUGGACCAGUUGUGAUUACAUCAGAGAUUCAUCAUAAGGAAGUGAACUGGGCUGAUGAAAAACAGCAGGAACCACGAGCGACAAGUGACUUAGUCCAUUCACCGCAUAUAUCAAGCCCCUAUGGUAAUAUUGGACGCGUUCAUGCAGCAACAACAUCUUCAGCAUCCACACCCACACGUCAUCAUCAUCAAAGACAAUCUAUUGUGCCAAAGAAAAAAGUACGAAAACCGUCACAAGAGUUUUUACAAACAAAAUCAGAAGAGUCUGAGUUAAGCACAGAUGAUUUAUUUUGGGAGAAAAAUGAUGACGAUAAUAAACGCCAUAAACCAAAACAUAUUUUACAUGAAGAGCCAGAAGUUGUUCUUACACCAACAAAUAUUGAUAAUCAACAACAACGAACUUUGACAAAUACUCCUCAACUUCCAGGUACUCCAAAUACGAAUUUUACAAUGAAACCAAGUCCUUCCGGAAGUGGAAGUGUUGGUACAUUACGUACACGUGCUCAUAAUUUUAUUUCAAGAUCAAUACUUAUGCCUGAAACAUGUUGUGUUUGUAUAAAACGAAUUCAUUUUGGAAAAUUAGCAUAUCGUUGCUUAUCGUGUAGUGCUCUCUGCCACAUGUCGUGUAAAGAAAAUUGUACAACACUAUGCCUACCAAAUGUUAAAACACCAAGUCGUGGUGCUAUCGCAAAUUUCACACCAAAAGAAGGACCAAUGAUUCCAUCUAUUCUAGUUCAUUGUGUAAAAGAAAUAGAACAACGAGGAUUUCAAGAAGUUGGAAUAUACAGACUUAAUGCCGUUGAUAGCCAAGUGAAAGCUUUAAAAGAUCGUAUAUUAAAGAGUCGCACGGGCAUGUUUGAUUUAUCACAUAUAGCCGAUAUCAAUACAAUAUGUGGCGUUGUCAAAGAUUUUUUACGUUCAUUAUCGGAAUCAUUAUUAACUCAACAAUUAUGGAAAACUUUUGCAUUGGUUAUUGAAGAAGAGAGUGAUUAUAUCAAACAACAAAAAUUAGAAUUAUUGAUUCUUCAAUUACCAAAACCAAAUCGCGAUACGCUAGCAUUUAUGAUAUUACAUUUACAACGUGUUGCUGCUACGCCACAAUGUCGUAUGCCAAUAUUAAAUCUGACGCGUACAAUGGGACCAUGUAUCAUUGGAUAUUCAUCGAAACAUGUCAAUGGAAUUGAUGUUGUAGGUGAAACAUAUAAACAAACAAAAAUUUUAGAAUUUUUUCUCAAAAUGUCAAGUGACUAUUGGGCAAAAUUUGUCGAUGAAUCCGCAACAACAACAAAUGAACAUGAACAACCAUUGACACCAAUCAAAAUGAAGCAACAUCAUUUAUAUCCAUCUCUUCAUAGAAAUGUAACACCUAGUGCACCCUAUUAUCUACAACAAAAUAAUAACUUUUUCUCACCGAUAUGA